GAAGCUGUGCGGGGAGUGCGGGGCUCCCGGUGCCUGCGCUGGGUUUCUGUUGGGAGACGCCAGAGUGGAUUUUGCCUUUGCCACUUAUCAUCCGGGAGAAGUAGCAACUCGGCCGCCCAGCACCGGCAUGGACAGAGUGGUCGAGAUAAAUCUGGAAGGUACGGGUCCUGGGAACAGGAUGAACCUCCGGGAGGAUUUGAGGAGGACUCGGUGUGCCGUGGUGCUCUGCCUUCUCUCCGUACUGCUCCUGGCACUACCCACAGUCUACCUCCUGGUUGGAAACCUCCGAACUCCCAGCACCUGCCUCAGCCAGAUCCCAGAAGAGAGGGGCUCUCGCUUUCUGAAGCAACGGGCAGUGAGCAGUGUUACAGAUACACUUUCCGGUGCGGAAAAGCCAAGAGCACACCUGACAGUGAAGAAGCAGGACCUCAUCACCAGCGUGGGAAGCCAUCUGCCCAUCCUGCAGUGGGAAGACAAGCGAGGCUUGGCCUUUACCAAGAACAACCUGAGCUAUUCCAGAAGUGCACUGGUGAUACCUGUGUCUGGGGACUACUAUGUCUAUGCUCAGGUCACUUUCCGAGGGCCCAUUGGAAGUUACAGUAAAACCAAUUCUGUCACUGAGAUCAUCACCAAAGUCACUGACAGUUACCCCGAGCCCACCCAGCUGCUGACUGGCACCAAGACCCUCAGUGAAAAGGGAAACAGCUGGUUCCAGCCCAUUUAUCUGGGUGCUGUGGUCUCCUUAGAAGUAGGAGACAAGUUAAUGGUCAACGUUAGUGACAUCAGGCUGGUGGAUUACACCAAGGAGCACAAAACAUUCUUUGGUGCCUUCUUACUGUAGGUCCCUGGCAGCAGCUGGUGGGGCCCUGGUGUGAUCCUGCUGGACCUUAACUUUGAGGGCACGACCUCUGUGCUGUUACCCUUCUUCUGUGCUGUCACUCCCCUGCAGCUUUAAAUUAAGGGGCAGGGAAAGCUGAAGCUGCAGGCAGAACUUAAACAAGAAAAAAACAAAACCAACCAACCAAACAAAAAACCACACCAAAAAA